AUGAGGAUUUUCCAUGAUUUCUACAUCGCAAGGAAAGAGACCCCCAGCCAGUGUGUCUCGUGUGCUUGUCCAGCGCUGACUCUUCUCCUCUCCUGUGCCAUGAAUUUCCAGUCAUAUCCUCAUGACACUCAGCAGUGUGCCAUGAAGAUUGAAAGCUUAUCCCACACAACGGAUGACCUGAUUUUCGUCUGGGACCCCAUCGUUCCUCUCGAAGUGGACGACACCAUCGAGCUCCCGCAACUCGACCUCGUGUCCAAUGAGACAGGUGACUGCACUCAGGUGUAUUCCACAGGCAACUUCACGUGUCUCGCGGUGGUGUUCACGCUGAAACGCCGCCUGGGAUACUACCUGUUCCACACCUACAUCCCGACCUGCCUCAUCGUCAUCAUGUCGUGGAUCAGCUUCUGGAUCAAGCCCGAAGCCGUUCCCGCGCGCGUGACCCUGGGCGUGACCUCGCUGCUGACGCUGUCCACCCAGCACGCCAACUCCCAGAAGUCGCUCCCGCCCGUUUCCUACAUCAAGGCCAUCGACAUGUUCAUGUCAUCCUGCACCGUCUUCGUGUUCCUCUCCCUGAUGGAAUAUGCGCUGGUCAACGUUAUACUCGGGGAUAUGGUAGACCACAGACCCACCGGGGACACCAUGAUGAGGCGUAUAACCAGGAAGAUCACAAUACGCAAGCCAAGGCCCAGCAAUGUCAGGAAGAGAAACGGAGGCGAGAUCACCCUGGAGGAGGCAGAGAACGGCGGCCUCGGGGACUCGCCCGUCGACCCUCGCCUCGUCGCCGCCUCCGCCACCGUCUCCACCGCCGCCGCCACCGCCGCCGCCGCCGCCGCCCACGGCCACCACCAGCACCCCCCGCCGCUGCAGAUGUGCUCGAAGUACGGCUCGAGUCCCAACCUGGCGAGAACCAUGGCCGCCGAGAUGAAGGAGUCGCGCGAGAAGGCCAUCCUGGUGGACAGGUUUUCUCGCGUCGCCUUCCCGCUCAGCUUCACCAUCCUGAACCUGCUCUACUGGGCCGUCUACUUCGACUGGUAGACGGAGGGCGGCGUGGCCAGGUCGAGGCGUGGCCGGAGCAGGUAGAGUGGCCAUGACAGGUAGAUAAGUGAUACGGCCACGUAGGUGCGAGUGGCCGAGACAAGGAGGCGCGUUCGGUGGCCAUGCAGGACACAGGCCGCGGCACGGAGAGCGCUGGGCCGAACCCUUUUUUUUCUCUCACGCUUCUCGCGAAAAGGUUUGAGUGGAUUUUUUAUUCUCUUUUUCUAUGGGGCGCGACUUGGACCGAGGAAGGGAACGCCUGGGCGGUGGCCGGUCUCAGCGCCACGAUUCAUAGGUCGCAACUUCAUCCGCAAUAUCGCAGAAUUUUCCACAGCUUUUAGGGCAGGCUGUGCCGCAGCACUUCGCUUGCCUCGGAUUCAUGAAAGAUCAACAUAUCAAUAUUCAUGCUGUAUCUACAUCCUUCCUCUCUCACUGUCUCUCUAUGUAUGUGUGUGUAU